CCCUUAGCGCCCAAGGGUUGUUGAUUCCGCCAUUUCCCUUCUUCUGACAACAACAAAAAGCCUUUCUUAGGUUUUGCCAAGAUUUUCAGAGCCGACUGCUUUCUUUACCGUGUCCAAAAUUAUUCAUAUUCUAUGAAUGAUUUAAAAAUGCGUUAUUAAACGAUGCGACGUGAGAAGAGACUGAUUUCCUGGCCAAGCAACGAUCAAUAUUCCGAAUGCUUAUUUUACCAUAUUAGUUGUGGUUAUCUAAGAUGACAAACAGAUUUGGUGACCAAAAUGGUCUCAUCUUUAUCUCUUCUUCUGACAACACUGUUUACCCAGUUCAGCUGAUUCCAAAUAUGUCCUCUGAAGAUAAUGCUCCUGAUUCUCUUACUUCUAGAGACAAUGUGUUCGACAAAGUGCCAAAGCUAGAAUGGACAAAUCCUCCAUCAGAGAUUUCUGACAAUAAUAAAGAUCCGUACCACUCAAACUCAUCUCAGACAUCUUUCCAAAAUAAUUCCGAUGAACAGUAUUACAAUUUUCAAACACCGAAAGAGGAAUUAUUUAAUGUCCAAGAAAUGGAUUGCAGUAUUGUCUUAGAUGAGCAACAUACUGAUAAUAUCUUGAAGAACUCUGAAACUUCAAUGUCUAAGACAAAAGUCCUUAAUUGUUCAAGGUGCAUGUACCAAACCAGUGACAAGAAUAACAUGACUAACCACAUGAGGAAACAUAACUCAACGUUUGUUUGUAAAAUUUGCAAAACUUCCUUUUCAGUAAUAACAUCCUUAAUUGACCACUUCAACAAGCAGCACCCGCAAGAUGCCGAUGAUCCAUCUGAUUUGCAGCAUUACUGUCCCAUGUGUCCGUUUCAAAGUAUAGAGAAACUGGAAUACGAUAAACACAUUACUCGGCAUGAAACAGCCGCGCAUACAUGUUCCAUUUGCGGUCAGCCGUUUGCGAAACAAGUUUCAAUGAAAUGGCACAUCAAAUAUAAACAUGGUAUAGAAGACUCUGAAGAACAACAACAACAACAACGUAGCAAUAUCUCAGAAACUUCUACAACAGCAAUUUCAGAUCACAAUAAUACAAUUGCAGCAAACACAGAAAAAGAAUCAAAAGAUUUAGAUUUCCAGAACCAAACCGCUGAUAUGGAAACUGAUACCAAACCUUUUUUUAAACGGUUCUUUUGUUUGUAUUGUCCCAAGAACUUUAGUAAUAAACUGUAUUUGAAAUAUCACUGUUGGCGCAAUCAUAAGGAUAGAUUAUAUAAAAGUCAAUGGAAAGAAGUCCAAGAUUUAUUUCAACAGAACUGGAAUGAGACAGAUCCUACAUUAAUUGCCAAAAGCCUUCAUGCCAAGAAUAGCCCUUUUCAGUGCCCAAUGUGUUCCUUCAGUUCUUCUUACAAAAGCACUGUUGACCGUCAUAUUAAGAAGCAUAAUGAAGCCAAGUAUUCUUGUAAUAUAUGUGGCAUGCCCUUUACUGUGAUAGGCAAUUUACAUCAUCAUAAGAAAGUUAAUCAUCCCGAAAUAUUAAUUAUGAAUUCACUGCCAAACAAGCGUCACAAAUGUGCACUUUGCAUCUAUAGCACUGGCUAUAAGUCUACACUUGAGCGUCACCUUAGAACACAUGGAAUUGCCAAGUACCACUGUGAGUUAUGCACCAUGCCGUUUGUCUUCUCCGGAAGCUUUUUGACACACAGAAUGUUAAAACAUAAAAUGUCCUCAAAAGACUUUGAAGAAACCAUUUUCACAGACAAAAUAACUGAUGCCAGUAGUUUAACAGCAAGCAGUGGUAAGUUCAUAAAGAGGCGGAAAUGCCCGUACUGCAAUGCUCUGAUGCCCAGUGCAAGCAAACUUAACCGGCAUUUGCGCACACACAGGAACGCUGGUUAUUAUUGCGUUUGCUGCAGCAUAUUUUAUACUUUGAGAAGUGAAUUUGAAAACCACAUGAAAGUGCAUCUAAUAGCAAAAGGUUUUAAUGAAGUACAGUGUAUUGGUGUUACGAAAGGUACUAAAGAUUUAUCCAAUGACACAACCGGAGAUGAUGUCGACGGUUCGGGUAAGAAUCACCUUGUUAAUAGUGAGCAGUCUGAUGUGAGAGAGUCUUCACUUUCAAAUGAAAUUAGCAAUAUGAAUAAUGUCACCGAACUAGGAAAUGUCGACAAGAACUGUGAUAUGUACAGUAAUUCAAGCAAUGCCAAUGAUAGUAGAAAUCAUUUAACAGCAAUGGCUAAAGAUGUAGUCAAGAUAGACUUAACCGAACCAGUGCCGACAACUAACAUCCUUCUGGAACAACAGCAAGUUCUUCAGAAUGAAUCACAGUCUUACCCUCCUGAAUCCUAUCAGAAUUCAUUAAAUAUUAAUUCUGCAAAGAAAUUAAUGCUUUCAUCCCCAAGCCAAGAAAUAACUCCUUCUUUUGAUAAACCUACAACAGAAGAGAACUUUCAUCUAACACCGUCUUCUAGAAAUUCUUUGGUAACAUCCCAAGACAAUUACACUAUUGAUAGACCAGCUUAUGUGUCCCAGAUGUCUCAUGAACAAUAUUUUGAGACGGACAAGCAAGACUUUAGACUGAAUUCAGAUGAAGUAUUAUUCAACAGCCGAAAAAUGUACCUCACCCCUCAACAACAAAACAAUAUGAACAACUCAAACCCAGCAGAGAUUCAAGCACAGAACCCUUUCUCUGAAAACAAUAACGAUGAUAUGUGUGCUUGUAAAUUAACUCCACCGAUCCAUGGAGAUGUACUCAUCAAUCCUCCAUUCAAGGGACGAUUUGCAAAAUUAGUUUCUGACUUUGAUGAUUUUGCAUCCCGUCCAUUUGCUUGUUCUCUUUGUUUUUAUCGUUGCAGCAUUCUCAAAGACUUAUUUGAUCAUGUACAGAACCAUUUGACUGGCUGCACUCCUGUUCCAGUUCCAAACACUGCCAAGUUCGACACACAGAAUUAUAUUCAAGGAAUGAACAUAGACCAAAAUAAUCAGAUUCAAAAUAAUUCUUUAAACAUUAGUUAUAUUUAGCUAAAAAAAAAACAAAAAAAAAACAAACAGUAAAAGAAAAGCAUUUAAAUAAACAGA